AUGGAAAAUCAAACAACUGUAUCUGAAUUCACACUGCUAGGCUUUUCAUACCUUCCAAAGCUUGAACACCAGGUCUUCUUUAUGUUUCUACUUAUCUAUCUCACAAGCCUGAGUGGGAAUCUUUUGAUCAUGAUCCUCAUCCUCACCGAUAACCAUCUUCACACCCCAAUGUACUUUUUUCUUGGAAACCUGGCCUGCGUGGACAUCUGCUAUUCUCAAGUCACUGGUCCACGAAUGCUUUUGGACUUCUACUCUAAGAAGAAGAUCAUAUCCUAUAGAUCAUGCUUGAGCCAAGCUUUUUUCUUUAUGUGUUUUGCUAGUUAUGAAUGCUUCCUGCUGGUUGUGAUGUCAUAUGACAGAUAUGUUGCUGUGUGUCAGCCUCUGCAUUAUGUGAAAAUAAUGAGUUGGAAAAAUUGUACCAAGCUGAUUAUUGUAGUAUGGGCUUUAGGAUCAAGCUACUCUUUAGUUGAAAUACUGCUCACCCUGAGGUUGACAUUUUGUGGUCCAUAUACCAUUCAUAAUUUCUUUUGUGAUCUUCCCCAGUUGUUGAAUGUUUCAUGUACAGAUACAUUCAUCAACAUGCAAGUACUAUUUGUGUUAGGAGGACUUAUAUCAAUCAGUGCUUCCUCUACCACAUUUUUGCCAUAUGUUUCCAUAUUCUACACAGUCCAUAAGAUUCAGACCAAAAAUAUAAAACUCAAAGCUUUCUCGACCUGUUCAUCUCACCUCACAGUCAUUUGUAUUUUCUAUGGAACUCUAUGUUUUGCAUACUUGCACCCACACUCAAGGCAUUUUGAUGCAGAUAUAGUGGUGGCUGUUGUGUACACAGCAAUUUUACCCCUACUAAAUCCCAUAAUCUACAGUCUGAGAAAUGGGGAGAUCAGAAGUGCUUUAGGAAGAAUAAAAAAAAAAUAUUUUUUCUAA